CCUGUGAAGUCAGACUAACAGUAAGAGUCUCUGAAAAAUGACAUUGUUCAUCCCAGAUGUGGCAACUGGACGUUUGUUUUUGGUCAUCCUCAUAUUCUACCAGAGUCACCGUAUCCCGAAGACAAAGAUCUGGAAGAAAAAAUCAUCCAUUUCAAAUCUAUGGUUCUGUCUGUUCACUGUGACUGAAGAUGACCUGAUCAGACAUCUACAGUCAGUAGGGAGUCAGGAGGUGAGCUGUGACUACAGAGUGAGUUCAGGACCAAACUCUCUCUCUCCACGUAGUGACGGGUAUAAUAUAACAACAGGUUCAACUGUUAGUACUGUUAGUACUGUUAGUACCCACAAAGCCCCAGUGAGACCAACUAGCAAUUUGUUAACUAAUGCUACUUUGAUCCCCAAAUCCCAAUUGAGACCAACUACCAGUUCAACCACUUCUUUGACCUCCAUGGCAACAUCAUCAGGUUUGACUGUUAGUUCUACUUUGACCCCUGGCACCCCACAGAGAUCAACUAAAAGAGGCCAAAGCUCCACAGAAAAUGUGGUGAAACCCAACCCAGACAACAACUUGGCAGUGGGUCUGGCUUCUGGAGUGGGUGUAUUCCUGGUGGGAUUGACAGCUGUCUGUCUCUAUAGGAAGACCAAAAGAAACAAAUCUCAGAGUCCUCAGGCCCAACAGGACGAUUAUAAUGAACAAUUUGUGAUGGAAACCAACCGGUGUGGAAGCCUGGAGGACUCAGGGCAUGAUGGAUUUUAUUCUGUCAUCCCGUCUGUACCAUCUACGUUCUUGCCCUCAGAAAGAAACAAAUCUCAGAGUCCUCAGGCCCAACAGGACGAUUAUAAUGAACAAUUUGUGAUGGAAACCAACCGGUGUGGAAGCCUGGAGGACUCAGGGCAUGAUGGAUUUUAUUCUGUCAUCCCGUCUGUACCAUCUACGUUCUUGCCCUCAGGUCCUGUUGGAGAGAACGGACAAUCAUCUGAACAUGAUAAUGAGUACUGCACAAUCCCAGACAGACCAGCAGUCUCAGCCCAGAUAGAUGGGUUGUACAGUCUUCUACAGACACAAUGAAAUUACAGGACUUGCUUUCUGUAGUUACAAUCUCCAAAUGUUUUUGGACAGUGAUAUGUUUUUCUUUAUAUAUUAUCUUUAUUCAAUCUAAUUUAAAAUUAAACAAUGACAAUGGUGUAAAGUUUGCCAUGGUAAAGUACGUCAAAACUGGAAAUAAGUGUGUGGCAUACAGAGCUUCCCUGAAUAAGACAGCGUAGAGAGCUACACAAAACUGUCAGUAAUGUAGGUUCUUAUUUAAACUUAUUCAGAGCAUCAGUCUCCUCUUCAAUGUGUAUUGUUGUAAACACAUUUUUGCAUUUUAAGUCCAAGAUUUAAAUGGUGUGAGACCAUCAUUUUUUUCAAAUUAAUAAUAUU